AUGACAAAGUUUGAACAUUUUCUGCUCGAUUACUAUGCAGCAUCAGUCAUCCCAGAUGCUCACCUUUGGUGCCACCAUGGCGAUGAGGAACCCCUGUUUAUUGAAGGUGUAAGACUGUAUUGGCUUCCCUUUGUAGUCACAGACAGUGGCUUGUUAGCUGGUAUAUUCCUAUCCUCGUGUCGUAAUCUUGCACUUCGCGAGCAUCGACCACAAGCAAACCAUGAGUAUUCUCAACUUGCAAUGAUGUACAAGCUCGAGUGCAUCAGGUCUGUAAAUGAGGCUAUUGCCACAGAAGGACUAACCAUUACCGAGACUACAAUUGCGAAAACCCUACUACUAUGUGCAGAUGAAUUCAUGUGCGAUGACCUAAAUGCCUCAGCUCUGCAUUUUGAAGGUAUGAACAACAUGAUUAAGUUGAAAGGAGGCUUAUCAAAUGUCGGAGUCAAUGGGUUUCUGAGAAAGGCUCUCAAAUGGUGCAAUUUGGAAAACAUUCUGAAAAUAAGCUUACCAAAUUAUAAUCUCAAAAGCACUAGAGAUACUAUGUGA